CUGCUUUCUACUUGCGCUCAACACCAAUUAUUUUUAUGAACAUAUAUAACGUUUCGGUUUAACAAAACCAAUAGUCAUUCCUUUAAUUCUUGUAUUUAAUCGUUCUUUUUAAUAAUUUAUUCUUUUUUACCCGAAGUCAAAGUGAUUUCUGUUCUUUCUUUUUUGGUUCAUUUUUGAUGCUUUUUACGGAAACUAAAUGAGGUAUGGAUUUGAGCUCUCCUACUCAAAACUUUUAUCCUCGUAGUUUACAUAGCAGCUCGAGUCAUCGCUAUCAAAGUUCAAUCGCGUCUAACGCAUCUACAUCUUCCACUUCAUCCAAGAAGUCGAUACUGAAGCGACUAUUCCCUGCCCACUGGUUCUAUAAAAAAGACUCUGUUCCACCAUCGAGUUUAGAAUCUAUAGAUGAGGAUAAUUCUGUAGCUCGUUCCAAAGAGGAUACUGACUCUGAAUCCAAUUUUUCGCGUUCUCAGUCAGUCCUUGGAUUUAACUCCUUGUUAGCAAGAAGAAAAACAAAGAAAAAUUCAAAAUCGAAAAAAUCACCUCCUUAUGAAAUUUCUACAAGCGUUCCAGAUUUGCAACAAGCUCCGCUAAGUGAACCUGUUCGUCCAAGUACGUCUCUUUCUUUUUUCGAAGACGUAUCUUUUGGACCUCCGUUUAGUGCCGACCUAAUACUUUCCAGUUUACCAUCAUCGCAAAACAGCCCUCUUAAUAAAUCAUCACCAGCGUCACCAUAUGUUAAUGACUCCUCCGUAAAGGCAAACCAAUAUGACUUUUGUGAGUCUAGUGAUGAAAAGUAUCAGACUCCCAAUUCAAGUUUCAAUUUUAACAAUUUUAACGAUGGUUUGUCUGAUGGUCAAACUACUCCAACAACUACCAAUUAUUGGUCAGGUUACAGUUAUUUAGGAGGCGAUGGGGACAAUGCACGAAGAUUAUCCAUUCCUGUUGUCACUGCUCUUCAAGACAAAACUAAUACUAGUUUGAAUGAAUCUUCAAGGCCGCUUAAAUCGAAGAACGAGUUAUCUUCCUCUGAUUCCGUCCAUUUGAGUUCCUUAGAAAAUAAUGCUUAUGACCCAAAAGUGGUCGCUAUGGAUAUAUUCAAUAAUACUGGGAAAUUAGUUUCUAAUGAAGAUGCGCUUUCUUUAUUAACAAAGGAAGAUGAUUAUAACAAGGAGGUCCUUGAAAAUUACGUCUCUCUUUUUGAUUUUGGAAAUACUGAUAUUCUACAAUCUUUGCGCAUUCUUUGCGGUAACCUUUUUAUUAAAGGCGAAACACAAAAAGUGGAUCAUCUGUUGGAGGCAUUUUCUAGUCGAUGGUGUCAUACUAAUCCGAGAAUGACCUUUUGUACAAAGGAUAUAGUUCAUUCUGUUGCCUUUUCAUUGUUACUUUUAAACACGGAUUUACAUAUAGCGAAUAUUGCUUCGCAAAAAAUGACUCGUUCGCAGUUCGUAUCAAAUACCCUAUUCGAUAUUUCACAAGCUCUUGAAGCUUCUUUUAGUACUUCAGAAGACAAAUAUCAAUUUUUGCAAAGUUCUUUUACUUCUGAUACUUCCGACCUCAAUGAUAACUCAGCUGCUAUAAACUCCUUGUCGGAUAACCUUUCAAAAACCAAAGGUGGAUUUACAAAGUAUCAUGACAAGAAGCACCCCAAAAUUAAAGAUCUUGAGACGGCGUUUGUAGAUCAUUGGUCUUCAGUGCUAAAAGAAAUGUAUCAAUCUAUUAAGGCUUCUUCUAUACUACAACCCUACCGUUAUCUGCAUAAAAAGACAAACUCUCAACAGCAGAUAGCUAACGAUAUCUUUGCACAUGCGAAGAACCUCUCAGUUUCUGACGAUAGAUCUUUAAACAGUAACAAAAGUGAAUCCAACGAUAAAGUUGAAGAAACUUUUACACGACCUUCGUCAUCCCUCCUUUUUGAACACAAUAAUGACGGUGUUUUGUUAUUCCACAAUAGAUUUGAGAAAGCUAUGCGUCAUCAAUUUCCAGAAACCAAGAGAUCCAAAUCUGCUAUGGGCUACUUCCAGGCGAGUUGUCCUUCGCCGGAUUUGUCAAGCAUUAUUGUGACGCUAAAAAAUCAUAAACAGAUACCACCAUUUUAUCUUCCUCCCUAUAGCAAGUAUGGUAUUUUAAGGUACUUGAUCCGAUACAAUGGAAAGCUCAGGAAGAAGGAGUUAUGGAUGACUACACUUUCUAUACUCGAAAAAGACAUACUGUCCUUGUAUAGUGUAGAAGGAAAUUUUGAUGGAGAUUUGCACGAUAUAGAUGGUUCUAAAAUUGGAAAUCCCAUCUUAAAAACUUCAGUCAUGGGUUCAGCAGCGCACCUUAUGAAUUUAGAGAAAACAAGUUUUAGAAGACCGUCAACUUCCUUUUUUUACUUGGAAACCCAUUCUGGAAAACGUUUGCAAUUUUCUGUCCCAAGACUCGGAGAAGCGCAAGCUUGGAUAGAAGCUCUAAACUAUUGGGCAGCUCGCACGUCUCGUAUCCCAAUGCUUGGCAGUGUAUCAAACGUGGACUAUGGAUGGUCACUGUGCACCGGGAACCAAAAAUCAAACGGGAAGAGUACAAAAACGUCCGAUCAUAAAGAAGAAAAAUAUCCUAAAUUAUCAUUGAAGGUAUGGGAGCCUGAACCUAUGAGUGGCAUUCCCAGUGAACUUCCCAUUGCUAAGCAAUAUAGUUCGUUUAAAUCUUUUUCAAAAUCUUUGUCUGAGGCCUUAAAACAACAUGAGGCUAUUCAUUUAGAGAUGUUGGUUAUUCUAUCCAGCCAGAAUAAAAAUACCUACCGUCGUGGAGUUGAAAAUUGGAAAGCUCGCAUGGGGUAUCUAAAAUCAACUAUGUUUAAGGUGAAACUAUAUAUUUCUGUGCUUAAAAAGUAUAGAAAGCUUGCUGAGGAUUAGCCUUCUAAUAAUUUGUCGCACUUGUUGAGCAUAUGUAUUUAAGGCAAGAAAUUCUUUAUCUUGGGUAUUUACUUGUCAUUUAAUCCAGAAUGUUUGUUUUUGUUGUAUUUAGGAGAUUAAUAAAAUGGGAAAUUUUCGAA